CCUAUACCGCUGCCGCCGCGCUCGUCGCUUCCUGCCCGACUGGAGGAGACUCGUGUCCCUCCGCAGGCCCCGUGCGUGUGCGCCCCGCCGCUGCCUGCGCCCCUUCGCGCUCUCAGCUCCUCCUCCUCCUUCACUUCGCCAUCCCCGGGACCGCCGCCAUGGCCAUGAGGCAGACCCCGCUGACGUGCUCCGGGCACACGCGGCCCGUGGUGGACCUGGCCUUUAGCGGCGUUACCCCCUACGGAUACUUUCUCAUCAGCGCCUGCAAGGAUGGUAAACCUAUGCUGCGGCAGGGUGACACAGGAGACUGGAUCGGCACAUUUCUGGGUCAUAAAGGUGCUGUUUGGGGUGCCACGUUGAACACUGAUGCCACUAAAGCAGCUACUGCAGCAGCAGAUUUUACAGCCAAAGUGUGGGAUGCUGUGUCAGGUGAUGAAUUAAUCACCCUGGCUCACAAACACAUUGUCAAAAGUGUGGAUUUUACACAGGAUAGCAAUUAUCUAUUAACAGGUGGACAAGAUAAACUGUUACGUAUCUAUGAUUUGAGCAAGCCAGAUGCAGAACCUGAUGUUGUCAGUGGACAUACUUCUGGCAUUAAAAAGGCUUUAUGGAGCAGUGAUGACAAACAGAUUCUUUCAGCUGAUGAUAAAACUGUCCGCCUUUGGGACCGGAGUACCAUGACGGAAGUGAAGGCACUAAAUGUUGCAAUGUCAGUGAGCAGCAUGGAAUAUGUUCCAGAAGGACAGAUACUUGUGAUAACCUAUGGGAAAACUAUUGCUUUUCAUAGUGCAGAAACUCUAGAGCAGAUUAAAUCAUUUGAAGCACCUGCUACAAUCAAUUCUGCAUCACUUCACCCCGCAAAAGAAUGUUUGGUUGCAGGUGGUGAAGAUUUUAAACUCUAUAAAUAUGACUAUAAUACAGGAGAAGAAUUAGAAUCUUACAAAGGACACUUUGGUCCAAUUCACUGUGUGAGAUUUAGCCCUGAUGGGGAGUUAUAUGCGAGUGGCUCUGAGGAUGGUACACUACGGCUGUGGCAGACAACAGUAGGGAAAACUUAUGGUCUUUGGAAGUGUGUAGUUCCUGAAGAGGAAAAUGCAGAAGCAGCAAAAGCAAGGACUACCCUUCCAGGAACUGCAGAGGAGGAAAUAGAAGAACUUGCCUCUGAAAACUCAGAUUCAGUGUACAGCUCAACUCCUGAAGUUAAGGCCUGAUUAUUGCAACUGUUAACACGACAUGGACACAUGAAACUAAAUCAAGUGAACAGUGAUAAACAGCAGCCUUCCAGAGUGCACUCUCUACAUAAGGCAAAGAUGGGCAGUAAUUGAUGAGAAUGCGGUGGAACUGGCUAGGUGUUGUCUGUAAGAGAACUGAGUAUCAAAAAAAAGAAAAAGACAAGUAGUAGAGUUUUGCUAUCUUUUUUAGCAUAACUGCCUACUGUCUUUCAAAGAAGUGUGCAAGCCAAGAUCCAAUCUCUCCAAAUUCAAUUAGACUCAUUGUAGCAUGUUUUCUUUAUUAUGGAGAAGAGAGACCGUGGCUUUUACCCCCUUUUUUCUUUUGAGUUGGAAAAUUUGACUUUAGUUGAAAAGAAGAGAUUAUGUACUUAAAGCAUUUGGUUUGGGUUUUGUUUCAUUGUACGCUGCUUCUGAACAUUUAACUGUUUUCAGUUGUAUAAAUAAAAUGCCUCUCAAAACUCUUA